UGAUAAGGUAGUUGAAGGGUGAUUUUACCUUUGCUCUCUCACUGCAGUUGAAAGCAUUCUUAGCUUUUAGGUGGAGCCCACUGUCUGUCGACCUUGGUGAGGCGUUUUCAAGAGCAUACAGUCAUCUUUUUCAUUAUCAAAAGAAGAUGCUGUUUAAUUUGAGGACCCUGUUGAACAAGGCAGCUCUUAGAAAUGGUCACAAUUUCGUGGUUCGAAAUUUUCGAUGUGGACAGCCACUACAAAAUAAAGUACAGCUGAAGGGUCGUGACCUCCUCACUCUAAAGGACUUUACAGGAGAAGAAAUUAAGUAUAUGUUAUGGCUAUCGGCAGAUCUAAAAUUGAGGAUAAAACAUAAAGGAGAGUAUUUGCCUUUAUUACAAGGGAAGUCCUUAGGCAUGAUUUUUGAAAAAAGAAGUACUCGAACAAGACUGUCCACAGAAACAGGCUUUGCACUUCUGGGAGGACACCCUUGUUUUCUUACCACGCAAGAUAUUCAUUUGGGUGUGAAUGAAAGUCUCACGGACACAGCUCGCGUGUUGUCAAGCAUGACAGAUGCAGUGCUGGCUCGAGUGUAUAAACAAUCAGAUCUGGAUAUCCUGGCUAAAGAAGCAUCCAUCCCAAUCAUCAAUGGGCUGUCCGAUUUGUACCAUCCCAUCCAGAUCCUGGCUGAUUACCUCACACUCCAGGAACACUAUGGCUCUCUGAAAGGCCUUACCCUCAGCUGGAUUGGGGAUGGGAACAACAUUUUGCAUUCUAUCAUGAUGAGUGCCGCAAAAUUUGGGAUGCACCUUCAGGCGGCUACUCCAAAGGGUUAUGAGCCGGAUCCCAGUGUAACCAAGCUGGCAGAGCAGUAUGCCAAGGAGAACGGCACCAAGAUGUCGCUGACGCACGAUCCCUUGGAAGCGGCUCGUGGAGGCAACGUGUUAAUUACAGACACUUGGAUAAGCAUGGGACAAGAAGAGGAGAAGAAAAAGCGGCUCCAGGCUUUCCAAGGUUACCAGGUUACAAUGAAGACUGCUAAAGUUGCUGCCUCUGACUGGACAUUUUUACACUGCUUGCCCAGAAAGCCAGAAGAAGUGGAUGAUGAAGUGUUUUAUUCUCCACGAUCACUAGUAUUCCCAGAGGCUGAAAACAGGAAGUGGACAAUCAUGGCUGUCAUGGUGUCCCUGCUGACAGAUUAUUCACCUCAGCUCCAGAAGCCAAAGUUUUGAUGCAGUGACGUUUGUCAAAAGAGAAGCAACGUCCUUCAGUGACCAAAUGAGUCAGUUUAUAUGGAGGAAGGAGAAGAGAAUCUAAGAAAUAAACAAAUCCUGAUUCACAGUGUAGGUGAAUGAUAUGAUAUUGCUCUGCCAUCGUGAAACCUUCCUGAAGGCCUUAAUUUAAGGGCCAGUGCACUAUAAUACAUGGAUUGACUUGGUUUAAACUCUCUAAUUCACAAUUUCUGAGUUACAUUGAGUAUCAUAUUAAUAGUCAUAUACAUUUGCUUCAACUAAAUAUAAAAUACUAUGUUCAUAAUGCAUAAUGUCUAAGCCAUUAAAUGUAAUCUAUGCUUAUUACCUUAAUAAAUUAUCACCCACGCUAA